GCCUAGUGGAGAUGGCAGCCCCUAUCCAGAGAUAUCCUGGGCCUGUUGGCAGCAUACCCUACUCGAUGGACAACGCACCACGGACCACCACAGACCUGGGCAUGGAACGAGGCGACGACUACUCCUACAGUCAGUCGUGGGGGCCACCUGG